CCAUCAAUGCAAAAAAUCUUUCAUAAUUCCUAAAUAUUCCAACUUCUCUCGAAGAGAGUACCCCAACGGAUAGGCAAACCAGUUUCUCGAUUCCAGCAAGUAACAGUGACUGACGCUUUGGCUUUUGCUAAUCGCCACUAAUUCCUAGUAUUAUUUCUCAACGUACAGCUACUAAACAUUACUUGCUCUUUCGUACAGCUAAAUUUUCCCAGAAAGUGAGCAACAAUUACAACAGGCAAGUAGUUAGCAGCCUAAACGAUCUUUGAGGGGGAACUGGAAAAGGUUUUUAAGUACCCAGAAAGGGAGGAGGGAAGCAAUUAUGCCAUCAGGUUCUAAGAAGAGAAAAGCUGCUAAGAAAAAUAAGGAACAAGCAGCCAAAAAUGAAAAUUCAUCAACUAAUAACAAUCCACAUGGAAAUGAUGACAGUAAAAGCCAAGAUGAAGGGGACACUUAUGGUGGUGAUGUUGGCUCCCCUGCAUCUCAGGAUGACCAUAAUCACCACCAUCGGUUCAAUCACCGUGAAGAAGAAAGGGAAAGAGCGCCAUCGCCCGUUGAAUCGCAUGCAACCAUGGAGAAGUCUGUGGAUAAAGUCACUAGAGAUGCAGAAAGCAGAGAGAAAUGUGGACAAGUUUUCUCAUACUCGAGCUCUCCACCUGCUGAAGCUAGUAACGUUACGGAAAAAACCCAAGAUUCCGAGUCCCAUGAUCAUUCUAAAAAGCAGCCCCUUGUUGCUUCAACUCCACCGGCAGUGCAAACAACCUCGUUCUUAAGUUGCUGUGGAUUGUUCGAUGUUCUUACCGGUUCAGGGAGAUAAUUACAGGUUCAGGUUAACCUUUGCGUUAAAGAAAAAACUAUAUUAUGCUUUCCCUUGUAGUUGGUAGCUCAUAUCCUUUGUACUUUCGUGGGUGGAUGAGAAUGCUAGGACUAGAAACCGCAACUCGAGACCUGAAAUUAUUGCUUGUCGGCUACCUGUUAUUCUUUCACAAUCUCAUUGGCCUUUUUUCUUUCUUUCCUUAUGGCUUCAUUGCUUAAAGUAACCCCCAAUUGGUUCCGCGUUCAUCCUGAUACAUUAUUAUAAGUUAACAGCAUAUUCAGUGCCCAAAAUAAUACAACUCGAAGCAACCUCGUUCUGUAAUAUUAUUUUGGUUAUGUAUACAUUUCUUGUUCAUAUACACGCAUAUAUGUCUGAUAUGUUCUGUGAUCUC